UCCUGUCCUAGGUAGUGAUGGUGUCUGAGUGUUAAACAGCUGUCACAUCCCACCCCAGAAGUGGCUGCAUUUCAGUGCUGGAGGAAUGUGUUCCUUGGUCUAACCUGGGAAGUGCCUAUAAGUGAGUGGAACGUUAACUGCCUGCCCAGGGAGGGGACACCCUGUAGUGAUAAUCCAUGGAGCCCAGGGGAAUCGUCAAAGCCUUUCCAAAGAGGAAGAAGAUGAGGGAUGACUCAGAGAGGAAGGUCCCUCCAAAGGUCCCGAAAGAGGAGGAAACGGGGAGCACUGAAGAGUGGCUGAAGCCGAUCACAGCCUACGUGCUGCCAGCGGGCAUCGGGCGGGCCAGGGCAGAGAUCUUUCACAAGCAGAUUGCCCAGAAGGGGGGUCGCGUCCGCAGCCAGCUCUCCUCAGAGGUGACGCACGUCAUAGUGGCGGAAGACAUGGACUGCGACCGGGCCUUUCGCCUCCUGAGACUGGCGAGGCUUCCCCCGGGGAUCCAGCUGGUGAAGGCAGCCUGGCUGAGCUUAUGCAUUAGAGAGCAGAAGCUGCUGGAUACCACUGGGUACAGCAUCUUCAUCCCAGACAGCUCCAUGUUGGCCCCUGGCAGGUACCUGGAGGAGGGGGAUCUGCAAAAGGGGGAACAGCAGCUCUUGGGCAGUGAGACUGUCCAACCCGUGCCAGGGAAGGAAGCGCUGGAGCUGAAGGCUGAAGCACAGACAGGAGCCGUAUUGCCCCAGGGCCCAGCCCGGGAGCAAAGCCUUCAAACCCAGAGGGUCUCUGGUGAUGAAGGCAGCGAAGGGGAAGAGACCAACGUCACCCAGGGAGACCUGGAAGCACUAAUUUCAGGCCGUUGCCCAGACACCUCAUCGGGGCCGUCCAGUGGCAGCUGUGCCACAGUGCCCCCAGCUGCUGGCAAGUGGGUUUGUGCUCAGUCCUCUGACAGCAAGAAAGAGAAUCACAACUGGCACAUCACAGAGAAGCUGGAAGUGCUGGGAAAAGCCUACACCGUCCAGGGGGACAAGUGGAGGGCUCUGGGCUACUCCAAAGCCAUCAAUGCACUCAAGAGCUACCACAAAGCAGUCACCUCUUACCAGGAAGCCUGCAAGAUUCCUGGGAUCGGGAAGGGGAUGGCAGAGAAGAUCCUGGAGAUCUUGGAGAGCGGCCACCUGCGGAAGCUGGACCACAUCAGCGAGAGCGUGGCCGUGCUGGAGGCCUUCUCCAACAUCUGGGGAGCGGGAGCCAAGACAGCCCAGCUGUGGUACCAACAGGGCUUCCGGACCCUGGACGAUAUCCGCACCAAGGCUCCUCUGACCAGCCAGCAGGCCGUAGGGUUGAAGCACUACGAAGACUUCCUGGCGCGUAUGCCACGAGAGGAGGCUGCAGAAAUAGAACAGACUGUGCGAGAAGCAGCCCGGUCCCUGAACCCCGGGCUGGUGUGUGUGGCGUGCGGCUCGUACCGACGGGGGAAGGCCACCUGCGGCGACGUGGACGUCCUGGUUACCCACCCUGACGGGCAGUCUCACCGCGGCGUCUUCGGCAAGCUGCUUGACAGCCUCCGGCGGAGCGGUUUCCUGACCGACGACCUGGUGAGCCAAGAAGACAGCAGCAGCCAGAAGAAGUACCUGGGCGUGUGCCGGCUGCCCGGGCCCGGCCGGCGCCACCGGCGCCUCGACAUCAUCGUGGUGCCCCACGCCGAGUUCGCCUGCGCCCUCCUGUACUUCACCGGCUCGGCCCACUUCAACCGCUCCAUGCGAGCGCUGGCCAAGAGCAGGGGCAUGAGCCUGUCGGAGCACGCGCUCCACACGGCCGUGGUGCGCGCCCCCGGCGGCCGCAAGGUGGGGCCCGGCCUCGUCCUGCCCACGCCCACCGAGAGGGACGUCUUCACGCUGCUGGGGCUGCCCUACCGGGAGCCCACCGAGCGGGACUGGUGAUGGGGGGGGGGCAGCCCUUUCCUUCCUGCCCUCCAGGCACCCCGCAGGCCCCAGCGCCCUGGUGGGGUAGGGGGUUCCCUGUCAGACACUGAAGGGGGGCACUCCUCCUCCUCCUCCUCCUCCUCC